CUCUGCCUCUUUGCCCUCUUUGUCCAGGUGUUCUACAACGGUGCCAACGUGAAGCAGGUGGAUGUGCCCACGCUGACCGGCUCCUUUGGCAUCCUGGCAUCCCACGUCCCCACGCUCCAGGUGCUCCGGCCGGGCGUUGUCACAGUCCACGCUGAGGAUGGGACGGCCACCAAGUACUUUGUGAGCAGCGGCUCUGUCACUGUCCAUGCCGACUCCACGGUGCAGGUGCUGGCAGAGGAGGCAGUGACCAUGGACAUGCUGGACCUGGCUACUGCGAAAUCCAACCUGGAGAAAGCUGUGUCAGAGAUGGCAGCAGCGUCCGAUGAAGCCGCUAAAGCAGAAGCUCAGAUUAAGGUAGAAGCUAAUGAAGCUCUGGUAAAGGCUCUGGAGUAAAUCCAGGAAUCCCACUGUGGAUGCAGAACUCCCAGUCUGUGUCUGUUCUGCUCCCCGGCUGUACAGAUGGAACGGGACAAAUGGAGGUGGAGAAAUGGUUCUGAUCAAUUAAAAGGAAAUGUGACCCCC